AUAAAAUCGCUUUCUUAUCUCUCAAAUCGUCCACCCCUCUGCUACUGUGUGGUGCAAAAUAUACAAUAUGGCAGAACCUAAUAAGAAGAAGUUAUCAGGAAAAGUAGCGAUAAUCACCGGAGGCGCAAGCGGCAUCGGCGAGGCUGCUGCUCGUCUUCUCGCUGAUCACGGUGCCUCUAUGGUGGUUAUUGCUGAUAUCCAAGAUCAAGUGGGCCAGGAUGUUGCUACAUCAAUCGGAACAAACAAGUGCAGCUACGUUCACUGUGACGUUACUAAGGAAGAGCAAGUGAAAUCACUAGUGGAAUGGACAGUUCAAAGUUUUGGUAAGCUAGAUAUAAUGUUCAGCAAUGCAGGAAUCUUGGGAAGUUCAGAGCAGACAGUUCUUGAUCUGGACCUUUCGGCAUUUGACCAUUUAUUUGCCAUCAACGUCCGUGGAAUGGCCACAUGCGUCAAGUACGCAGCGCGAGCGAUGGUAGAAGGGGGAGUGAGAGGGAGUAUAGUGUGCACGGCUAGCGUGGGUGGCAGCCGAGGUUUCAGGAUGCGGACCGAUUACACGAUGUCGAAGCAUGCGGUGGUGGGUCUGGUAAGGGCAGCGAGCGUGCAGCUGGGAGGGCAUGGGAUUAGAGUGAAUUCGGUGUCACCUUAUGGUGUGGCUACGCCGAUGACAAUGAACGUGUAUAAUAAGAGCGCGGAAGAAGUGGAGAGUUUGUAUGAGCCUAACAUGACCCUCAAAGGAGUUGCAACAAAAGCAAGGAAUAUAGCCGACGCUGUGUUGUUUCUUGCCUGUGACGAAUCUGCGGUAGUCACCGGGCAUGACCUUGUGGUGGAUGGGGGCUUUCUUACUCGUUAAUUGCCUCCCAUUAUUUAUAUGGUUUUUCUUUUUCCCGUUUUUCGGAGUGCUUGCAAUAAGAAAUUUUCCCCUACAAUCAAAUUCAUAUAUAAUGAAACAUUUGUCAAAUGUAAUCAUUAUUUUCUUAUUAUUUGUGAUAUAUAGCUAGAAUUUCUUCAA